AUGGUCGUUGUCUGUGAAGCCCUCAUCCACCAUCACCAGGCUGGCAAACCCAUCAGGGUCAAAAACAUCUUCCACAGAACAGGAUGGCGAUUCAUGCUUUACAUACGUGGAAUUCACCAAUUCGUAAUUGCUAUCACUCGAAUAAGUCCGUUCUAUUUUGUAUGGCGCAUUAUCUGGGGCGUCUCUUCUUUCGUCCGCCAUCAAGACUUCGACAUCAAAGACUUUUACGACAACAGCCCUUUUCGUAACACCAUCUCUAGUAUACAAGUAGAGUUUGACAGAGAGAUUAUACUCUUUAUAGAUAACGGGGAAAGGGUUCUUGUCCCGUGCUCGAGCACAGCGGAGGAUAAAGACAUACUAGAGCACUUGCGCAUCUUUUACAAUCUCACGCAUUCAAGUGGCGGUAUAUUCGAGCUAUUUGGUGCAAAAUCCAGCCAGAGAAUUGAUAUCGUUGAGCUACAAGACUCUACCGUAGGCGAUUGCGUGGGCCCUCCCUUAGGACUAGGUCGUCAUGGAACGUACAGUCGGCAGAUCCAUUACUUCAGAGAUCCUUCGAGUUUGAAGGGGUUGGCCAUCACAAACAGACUUAUUGCGGAGAAUGUUUUGACAGCAGUUGGCCAGCAUACGCAUGCACUCAAUAUUGUAAGGAGUUGGGACCCGUACGUAACGAGUCUGAUGGUUCUCUUGCCUGUGGCACUGAGCCUCGGUGCAUCAAUUACCUGGUCGGCUAUAGCAAAGCUAUACUUUAAUGUUGAUGCCCAAGCAAGUACUCAGACGGGAUUUACGAUUGGAAGCUAUAUUAUUACGGCGGGAACUUUGCUUAUUGCGCUUGUUGCUUUUCUGGAUACAAAAGUUAAAUCAGGAGAGCGAUAG